AUGGUGCAGCAGUGGCCCCCUACGUUCAGACAGAAUUUUAUUUCACGCAAUCUCCAGCCAUUGCUGGUAAAUCUGGUACUCUCUCUGGAAAACGGAAUCCCUCAAAUCAAGUAUCAGUUUAUCAAGCACAGACAAACAAGUUUCCCAUAUGAAGGACACCGAAUUCUGUGCCCUGUCCGACCUGACGAUAACCCCUUCACAAACAGGAUGAUUUUUAACGUAGUUUCUACCUUGGGCUUCCUCGAAAUUGGUGUCUUAAUUUCUGGAGUCUUGUUCGGGAUCUUCACAAUGCAAGUGUACAUUUAUCACAAGAAUUUCCCAAAAGAUUCCAGCUGGCUCAAAUUUGGCUUGGUUGAUGGGAUGUGGUUGUUUGAGCUGGGUCAUACCAUUUGCCAAUUUUAUACACUUUACAGUGCGACUGUAUCUCGUUAUGGGGAUCCCACAGUCUUCCUUGUUUUCUUACCUGAGGUUGCCGCGGUGCCAAUUUAUGAUGGAUUGAUCGCAACACUGGCGCAAGGAUUCUUCACACACCGCAUCACUAAAUUUGCGGGUCCUCCAUACAUCAUUCCCAUCAUCUGUAGUAUCCUCAUGGUUUGCCAGAUGGUGGCUUCCAUAGGAUUGACAAUUGCAGCCACAGUCAUUGCUGAAAAGAACAUUGAACAAUUCUUAUAUCAGUUCAAAUGGUUGAUUGUUACUGCAACAGUCUUUCAUGUUUCUAUAGAUGUCAUUGUCUCUACAGCCCUUGUAUACUAUCUACUCAAAAACCGGUCCAAUACCUACCGCAGCACACUAGUCAUGAUUGACAAAUUAAUUCAAUGGGCUAUAGAGACUGGAAUUGUCACUAGGCAUAUUUUGAUUGAUGUGAAUAACUCUAAAGCCUCGCUUGGAAAAAUUCACAUUUAUGCAAUAGUCUUUUCCAAUGCAAUGCUGGCAAACUUGAACUCGCGGAUGAGGUUUCGUGAUAUUCAGACAACUAUGGUUGCAGAAAUGGUCACAAUUACAUCUCCCAGUACUACUGCGCAACUUGAAGGAAACCUCGAAAACUCUCAGGUACUUUCUUCUGCUCCCAUUGAGUUACUGGCAGAGGAAGGUCGCCAGUCCGAGUUCAAAGUUCUAGGGCUGACUGCAGUUUGA